ACCACAGUGCAUAUUGUUUUAAUUUAUAUCCGUGUAGUUCAAUUUGUAUCGCUUUGCUUUCAAUUUUGAAUCUGCGAUUAAAUCGUACUUGUACCUUUAUUAAAAGCCUUUAUUUUGAAGCGUCAUGUCGAUUAUCAUGUUCUGUGCGACGUCAGCGGAUGUUGAUGUGACGGGACGUCAUGAUGGAAUCGUCAGUGAGCACACAUGGGGCAGAAGACUGCCCGGUUAAAUGUACAAAAGUAGAAGAUGAUUUUGUUCCUUCAAAACUCGGAACGAAGGAGUAUUGGGAUGAUGCUUAUAAGAGAGAGCUGGAGGCUUACAAGGAUAUUGGAGAUGUGGGAGAAAUAUGGUUUGGUGAGGAAAGCAUGGACAGAGUGAUCAGAUGGAUGGAAGCACAAAACAUACCUGAAAAUGCUGCUAUACUUGACAUUGGAACUGGAAAUGGGAUGUUCCUUGUGGAACUGGCCAAGCAUGGUUUUUCAAACCUCACUGGAAUUGACUAUUCCAAAGCUGCUGUAGAGCUCACUGUAAAUAUUCUGGAAGAGGAAGGCUUAAAAAAUGUUAAAAUUCAGGUGGAGGAUUUCCUGAACCCCAGCACAGAAUUGAAGGGUUUUGAUGUAUGUAUAGAUAAAGGCACAUUUGAUGCCAUUAGUUUGAGCCCAGAGGACAGAGAGGAGGCAAAAAAGCGCUAUGUGAACUCUUUAAGAACUGUAACGCAACCAGGCGGCUUUUUCAUCAUCACCUCCUGCAACUGGACCAAAGAGCAGCUGCUCCAGAUAUUCACACCUGGGUUUGAGUUGGUACGAGAGCUGCCAACCCCCCGUUUUCAGUUUGGUGGUGUGACGGGUAACAGUGUGACAGCUUUGGUAUUUAAACGGAUUGACUGAUCCUCAACGUUCUGUUUUUUGUAAUAUCAGUUAUGUAAUUUUAUAAUAAACUGUUAUGAAAAAAUA